AUGCCGGGCCUGAUCGCCGUGAGCGAGUUCGUCGAGGAGACGAGGGAGGACUACAACUCGCCCACCACGUCCACCUUCGUCUCGCGGAUGCCACAGUGCAGGCAGACCAUCACGUCCCUCGAGGAGACUUUGGACUUCGAUAGGGAUGGUCUCACGAAGCUGAAAAAGGCCAUCAAGGCCAUCCAUAACUCCGGAAACGCUCAUGUGGACAACGAGGUGUACUUAGGAAGAGCGUUGGAGAGACUCGGCGAUGCCGCACUGAAGGAACAGGAACCGGACAUAGGCGCGGCGUUUCUGAAAUUCGCGGUGGUCACGAAAGAACUGAGUGCCCUCAUGAAAACCCUGAUGCAAAACAUCAACAACAUCGUGAUGUUCCCGUUGGAUUCGGUGCUGAAGGGUGACCUGAGGGGCGUGAAGGGGGACCUGAAGAGGCCCUUCGAGAAAGCCUGGAAGGACUAUGAGGCUAAGUACGCGAAGAUCGAAAAGGAGAAGAAGCAGCAUGCGAAGGAAGCCGGUCUGAUUCGUACGGAAGUCACGCCCGCCGAGAUUGCAGACGAGAUGGAGAAGGAGAGACGGUUGUUUCAGUUGCAAAUGUGCGAGUAUCUGAUCAAAGUGAACGAGAUCAAAACGAAGAAGGGUAUCGAGCUGUUGCAGCAUCUAGUCGAAUAUUAUCACGCGCAAACAAAUUACUUUCAGGACGGCCUGAAGACCAUCGAGCACUUCGGCUCUUACGUGGCCGACUUGAGCGUGAAGUUGCAAAAAAUCAGACAGACGCAGGAUGAGGAACGAAGACGACUAACGGAACUUAGGAGUCUUCUUAGAAGCUCAGGAUGUGACAAAGAGCUGAACGCGAACGCGAACGCGGGUUAUUCGCUGCACCAGCUGCAGGGCGACAAGCAGCACGGCGUUACGCGCUCCGGCCACCUGCUGAAGAAGAGCGAGGGCAAGAUGAGGCGGGUCUGGCAGAAGAGGCGAUGCGCCGUGCAGGCGGAGGGCUACCUCGAUAUCUGCCACGCGGACGAGAACAAGCCGCCCACCAGGGUGAACCUAUUGACCUGCCAGAUUAAGUUAGUGCCGGACGACAAGCGAGGCUUCGAUCUCAUAAGCUACAAUAGGACGUACCACUUUCAAGCGGAGGACGAGGCGGACCAGCGCGCGUGGAUGUCGGUUCUCGUGAAUUGCAAGGAGCGCGCCCUGUUGCGGGCGUUCGACGCGAGCGGCAAGGCGGAGGCCGGCAGCGGCAAUCCCAGCCUCGUAGAGCUGCAGCAGGCUGUUAUACGAUGCGUUAUGCGAUUACCCGGAAACGAUCAGUGCUGUGAUUGCUCCUCGCAGAACGAUGCCACGUGGCUGUCGACGAACUUCGGCAUAAUAGUGUGCAUAGAGUGCAGCGGCAUCCACCGAGACCUGGGCGUGCAUAUAUCGCGAAUACAAUCCCUGACGCUGGAUAACGUCGGUACCGCUCAGCUGUUGCUCGCGCGACACAUGACGAAUCAGGCGUUCAACGAGGUCAUGGAGGCAACGUUGCGUCACAAUCUCAAGCCGUCGCCGACGUCGACGAUGGAGGAAAGAUACGAAUUCAUACGCGCCAAGUACGUGGACAAGAGAUACGUGAUGAACACGUGCGCGGACGAGCGUGAUCUACUUUCCGAUUUGGAGCACGCCGUUAAUAACCGCGACCUGCAGCAACUUCUGCAGGUUUACGCCGAGAACGUGGAUCUGGCCGCGCCGUUGCCGACAUCGGACGUAGGCGAAACCGCGCUACACUUGGCCAUUCUGCGCGAGAUGGGCAGCAGUUUGCACAUCGUGGACUUCCUGGUGCAAAAUAUGCCGAGCGGCGGUAUCGACAGGGCGACCAUCGACGGUGAAACGGCGCUGCAUCUUUCGGCGCGGCACGACAGAGCGGAAGCGAUGAAACUGCUUCUACGAGCUGGCGCGGAUCCCUCGCAGCGAAAUAAGCAGGAUAAGACACCGCUGGAUAUCGCACAGGAAAUGGGUCACCAUACGUGUAAAGAACUGCUCAGUCACGCUCUCCAGAGGCAGAAAACAUUAUUUGAUAACGUCAAUAUUGAUUGGAAUCUUUCUCACGAUGAGGGCUCCACGGAUUUCUCCGACGACGAAACGAUAAUAGAAGACAGAAAUGGAUGUCUGACGCCUGAGAAAAAGUCACGUAGCAGACCACCGUCGUAUGCCGGAGGUGGCGGUACGGGCGACUCGCCGGUAACACUGCGCAGUCGGAGCAGCACCUGCGACAGCCUGCAGAGCGGAUCCUCUCCGAGCGCCUCGACGAACCGUCAGCAAAUGCCUCCGCCGCCACCGCCGCAGGCAAGGAAACCCGUAGCUGUGCCCACCCCCAUGGCGCCGGACAUUUCAAUAAACAUCCACGGCUCGCUGAAGAAGCGGGUCGCGCCACCGCCGCCGCCCGGUGGGAACUCCAUCACGAGCGGCCUGCCGUCGUCGCACUACGGUACGCUACCUUCGUCGGCCACGUUGGCUACGUCGACGCACAGUCGUACGACCAGCGAGCCGAUUUUAGCCGGCCACACUUUACACACUCUACCGCAUACGUUGAAUACACUAAAUAGCCAACAUCAUAAGAGAUCACCGAGCGGCGACUCGUCGACCGGACACGGUAUGGACAAGUCGAACAGCUCGACGCUGCAGAGACCGCGAAAUCCACCGCCUCCGGCUCCAUCCAACGUCACGACUAGGCUAAGCAACGGACGCAGCAGCGAGUCUCUGAGUUCUAUGUGUUCCGAUCACGGUCUGGGCAAUCCUAUUCCGCCGCCGCGAAAGCGAAGGGACCGGUCCAGGCUAGAGAGCUACGCCGAAGAGCCUUCAUCUUUGCUCCCAAAUCUGAAUCUGCCAACGUCGUCGACUUUGAGUGGCCUGCGACGCUGCCGGGCCCUGUACGAUUGCGAGGCCGACAACGAGGACGAGCUGUCGUUCCGCGAGGGUGAGGUCAUCAUCGUAACGAACGAGCAGACCGACGAUGACAACUGGAUGGAGGGCGCGUUAGAACGGGCGCCGGAGCGGCGGGGCAUGUUUCCGAUUAGUUUCGUCCACAUGCUACAGGAUUAACAUUCGGUAAGCCUGAACUCGUUGGCGAGCGUCACCAGCACUGCCAGUUCGAUGAGCGUCGCCAGUCUCGGCCGUAGAAACUGGCUGAGAAAGCCGAAGGAGUGAAGCGUUCAAGCCACCUUCCCGCCGUCUCAUCAGAGUUGAAGCAAUCAAAGGAAAAAACGGACGUUGACGAGCGAGUAAAGAGUUUAAUCCGCAUCUUGAUUCUCUCAUUUUUCAUGUUCCCUAGGAAAAUUGAUGUGUAAAAUGAGAUAAUAAGUGCAUCAACAUGAGCAAUUUUGCACCUGUGAACAGAGUAAAUUCUUUAGAAAUCAAAUAAAAUAAACGAUAAAUUUUUUUUU